AUGGCUGAUAAGAGUCCAGGGAAGUCGCCCACGCCCUCGGGUGGGGGCGGCGACGACGACCGCGGCAGAACUGAAAAGCGGCCGCGGUCUCUGCUCAACAAGGUGUCGUUCUUCGAGCAGGUGUGGUGGGGUCGGGCCAGGUCGCCCUCGAUCGAGAGGGCGGGCGCCGGACGCAGGGAGGGCGGCAUCUCUCCCGACGUGGAGGUCGGAACGGAGGUGGUGGUGGAGGACGUGGUCGACGAUGGCCCCGGCCGGGAGAAGCGACCCCGGAGGACGAGCGUGAGCCCCGAGCGCCACGACCAGCAGCGGCGGUCGUCCGAGGAGGAGUGGGAGUGGGUGGAGGACGAGAGCAGCUCCUCCACGCUCGCCGAGGAUAUCGAGCGGCGCCUGGAGGAGCGGCGGAGGAUGCGCUCGAGCAGCAUCUCGCCCACGAGGGAGUGGGUGCAGCUGCGGCGGGGCAGCGACGAGGCGAAGGGCCAGGAGCGCCGCGAGCCACGCCCGAGCCCUGGGAGUCCACCUACUCCGCCCGCGGAGGUGCGCCAGCGGCUGUCGUCGCCCGUGAAGGAGUGGCCGCAGCUUCGGCAGUCGCCCGGGCCGAGGUCAAGCCGCGGCACGACGCCCGAGCCGAGGUCGAGCCGAGGCGCCACGCCCGAGCGCGAGGAGGCGCCGGAGGCCGAGGCCAGGAGGAGCCCGGCGCGGCAGCUGGUGAGCCGCGAGGUGGUGGCGAAGGCCGAGCGCCGCGGCGGCGUGGCCAAGGCCGUCACCUCGACGACGCACACGACGACGGUCUGGGGCGCCGCCGAGGACACCAAGCCGCACACGGAGACGCACUCCUCCAGCGACCGCCUGGAGGAGGACGACCCCGACAGCGCCGGCCAGGAGGGCUUCCAGCGCGUCGAGGAGGAGGAGCGGGAGAGCAUGGAGCGCGGCGACCGCGUCAGGUACAACCGCGUCGUGGUGCGCCGCACCGUCGAGCGCACCGUCAGCACGUCGCCCUCGCCGGAGCCGAUGGAGCAGGAGGGCGCCGUGUCCCCGCGGCUCCUCAGCCCCUCCCCGCCCCCCGGCGAGGCCGGCGCGACGCCUCAGCACGCUCACAAAACCCGCAGCAGAACCAAGUCGGGACCAAGAUCAAGACUCCGAUCCCGCACGCCCUCCGUCGAGCGCAUCCUGGAGGUGGAGGAGGCGGAGGACUCCCCCGCAGUGUCUCUCUCCUCCUCGACCGACCCGCGAAUCCUGGAUGCCCCCGAGGAAGAGCAACGCGCCGCCAGCGCCGCCAGCAAGAGCAGCGCGUCCCCAGAUCAGUCUGGAAAGAUGCCCGGCGAGCAGGCCUCCAGCAGGAGCGGGCAGGACGCGGCGAGCCCCGACGAGCGCCUGACGAUGGAGGCGGUGAGCACCGUGCAGUGGGAGGAGGGCGGCACCCGCAACGAGGUCCGCCGCUACAGCACCCGGGUCCUGAUCCGCGACCGCGACCCGAACUACACCAAGUACGUGAUGACCUCCCGCACCGCCUCCCGCGACUCGCUCUUCUCCACCGCCAGCAGCAGCGAGGAGUCGCCGCGGUGGGAGGGCGCCCCCGCCUGGGUGGCCAGGGUCACCCCGCAGCCCGUCGACGAAGACGCACCGGAAGGAGACAAGGGGGUCUUCCGACAGAGGUCCAAGCAGUACCAGCAGCAUAUUUCCAGCCUCAAAGCAACCCCAUCCCUCAGUAUCAAAAGAAUCCAGUUAUCGCUCCCGAAGACUUACGAGGAAUUCGAGGAAGGGGGAGGGCGAGAGGGCGAGAGGCGAACAUUCCCCACGCCCCAAAAUGUGUAG